UCACUUCAUACAGUUAUGGCUACAAUUAAACAGUUGCUGAUGUCCUUUGUCUGUUUGGUUUUAGAUUCAGGAUCUUCCUCCUCUGAAAACGAGGGGCCCAAGAGGCCGACAGCAGGGCCGGGAGCCAAAAACGGGGAUGUGAGGAGGAGACGCAGCCGAACACCGUCACCACGGAGGAGACACAGAGAUGCCUCCCCAAGGAAAAGACGCUCUCCAUCUCCUCCACGCAGACGGCGAUCCCCGUCUCCCCCACGACGUCGCAGAUCUCCUUCUCCUCCUAGACGAAGGUCCCCUUCCCCGCCUCCCCGUCGUCGUUCUCCAUCCCCCAGACGAUAUUCUCCCCCUAUCCAGCGUCGCUACAGCCCCUCACCUUUGCCCCCACAGAAGAGGAAAAUGUCUAGCUCUCCCCCAAAGCGCUCUUCUCCAGGUGCCAAGCGCCGCCCCUCCAGGUCCCCCAAGCGCAGAAACUCCCCUCCUCAAAGGAGACGCAUGUCUCCAUCCUCAUCUCCACCCAGACACAGGAGGAGCCCCAUGUUGCCUUCUGCUAGACUAAACAGGGACCCACGAUCCCCUGUGGCAGCAGCUGGCCGCCUCUCCCCGCCCCCUGCAACCCGCGGUCGCCCUGUUCGGGGUUCCACCAGUCCUCAGGGACGUUUUGAAAACUCCAGUGCAUCUCCAUCUAACCCGCGGAGGCAGCAGUCCCCGACACACAGCGGAAAACCCAUCCGCCGAGUGUCCCGCACCCCAGAGCCACGGAACAACAAGAGACCCUCUCCGAGCCCCCAGCCCAUGAGGAGAGCAGCCUCCAGAUCUGUUUCCCCUCAACCAGCAGCUCUGAAACGUCCCGCCCCUGCAUCUGCCUCCCCCUCCCCCUCCCGCUCUGCCAGUGGGUCUCCACCACCAGCAAAGAAAGCCAGCAGUGGUUCUGGCAGCCAAUCCCCAAGCAAGAAUUCUGAUAUUGAUGGCAGUGGAAAGAAGAAGAAAAAGAAGAAGGAAAAGAAACACAAGAAAGAGAAGAAACACAAGAAGCACAAGAAGCAUAAGAAGGAGAAGAGUGGUAGUGCUGUGACCGGUGAUGCACAUGAAAACCACGGCGCGGAGGACGGAGAGUCAAGAAAGGAAUCAGAUAGUGAAGUAGAGGACAGCUUGGCCGACCUGGAGAAGCACCUAAGAGAGAAAGCCCUACGAUCCAUGAGGAAGGCCCAGCUGUCUCCAUCCCAGAUGUCCUGAAAACGACUGGCUUUCUCACUUUUGAAUUUUUCCACUCACUCUUGAUGUUUGUCAUCAACCUGGUUCAGCUUUAGAAUGUACAAAUUGUUAAAUCUUGAGUCUUUUUUUGUUUUCUUUUUACUGGUUUGGUACAUUCUGAAGAGUGUGUUUCAUGAGCUUGAUUUGUCAGUUAGUGUAUUAUCUUAACUGUGAUGAAGCCUGUGUUGUCCAUCAUUUUAAAUUGUUGAGCAGGGUAACGGUUUGAGUUAACAGGUUUAAGAUGUUUACCGCAGCAUACAAUAGAUUCCAUAUGAGAAAUGAUUGCAUGUGCAGUGAUCGUCUCUGAAGUGCAUGACCCACUGAGCUUAUGGAGUGUAGAGUAAAACCAACAUACAGUAACAUACUGUUACCAAUGCCUCUUAUUAGUGGAACAGUUGCACAGCUGUGUGAACUAUCAGAGGCCCUAACAGAAUGUCUUGUCCCAUAUAGUAACUUAAAGGAAGUGUUUAGCAUUGUUUAACCUGCUUUUUUUUUUUCUGACUAUGAAAUUGUCUUGUUUUAAGACUACAACAAUCUAAUGUGACAUGGAGUAUGCUUUAAUUUUUCUAAAAUAAUUAAUAUGCAAUUUUAUGUUGACACCCUUCCAACAUGCUGUGGGACUGCUCUAUUAUUUGUAUUUAGUACCCCUGGCUCUUGUCAUCUUGUCCUCCUUUCAGAAUUAAAACCUUUUUAUAGGAUGUGUGCUUUCCUUAA